CGCAAUUUUCGCCAUGCAUCCAUCAACAAAACCUAUAUAUAAAAGCCUCCAAAAUCUCUAUGACCCUUCUCCAUUGCAGUCUUUCUCCAACCAUCAUCAAGAGAGAAUUGCUGCAUUUUAGAGCUUGAACAAAUUUAAUUAUUCCCAAAAUUUAUUUAUUCAUUUUUCAAAAUAAAACAAAAAAAAUGGCGCGCAACUUGUUUGUUCUCGCUCUAGUUUUUUUCGCCGUGGCCGGCAUGGCUGCGACAGAGGCACCUGACGCAUCGUCCUCCGCCGCACCCGGUGCCACCACGGACGACAACACCGUCAUCGGCACCCUCGAUGGCGGUGCUACCACCAUCGCCGCCCCGGUUGGUGGGCCCAUCCCUUCUUCGGUUCUCGAUAGCUUCACCCCGACUGGAGCACCCAACAACGCCCCCAACGUUGCCGGUGGAGUCCCCGCCAUUGUGGCUGCCGUGGCCGCCACCAUCGCCGCCGGAUCAUUUUUCUUCUAAAAUCAUACAUUAUUUAUGAUUUAUGUAUGAAAAAUGGUCAUUUGAGAUUUGUGUUUUUAAAGCUUGUAACACAUGGAUAUAUAUGUUUUUAAAUUGUACCUGCAAUACAUACAUACGUGCAUACAUAAAAUGUAGCAAUAUAAUGUGUUUAGAGUU